AUGGUGCAUUUUCCUCUGUAAGUUUUGAGACAGUUAAUUUUCUGCACGCCCUAAAUUCAUGAAUUCUAAAAUAAAUUUUUGAGCAAUUGAGGGGAAAUACGCUAGCUCAAUAGCCAAUAGCACGACUGUCAUUGAUGCCAUGCUUAAAGCUUUUUGAUUUGGCCGUACACUGUCAUUGAAGCUUUUUUUCAAUUCUGAAUUCACAUUCCCAAAAUUUACCAGUUUGCUUAAAAAUGCCUUUUGUCUGUUAUUACAGGUCUAUUAUACAUGCACAUCCACUUGCCAAGAGGCUGAAUCGUCUUCUGGAGGAAGGAAAAAUACCACAGGAUUGCAUAUUUUACAAGUUCUUAGAAAACACCACUGCAUUUGCUCUCAUUGACCCCAACUCGUCAUCAGAUUUCAAAUGGGACGAAGAUUUAUGCGAAUCUUAUGAUACUAUAAAGUAUCUUGGUGGACAACGGACACGUAACUUCAUACGCGGUCCAGGGUUCAUUGGGACAGGAAAGGGUGGCAUCAAAAGGUUUGACACGUUCGCUGAUUUCAAUCUUGGUGGGCCAUCAUCUAAUACAUCUAAGCGUUCUCAAGCGGGGUACACAACAAGAAGUGGCAUCAUUAAACCACAUCUCCAGUCUUUCUUAAAGAUUUCAAAAGAUCCAAGUUCUAAAGCCGAAUGCAUCAUUGAUAAUGCAUUAGUUCAAGUGAUUCCCGCAGCAGUUGCAAUGGACGGGACUGCCCUUAAACCGGGACUUGAAUUUGAGACCAGACGAAAGUGUGUCGUUGGUAUGUUGGAAGACGUUUCUCUAGAGUAUGUUAAAGCCCAUCCUGUUCCGAAUGGAAACGAAGUGAAGGAUAAUCUUGUGACAAGCACAAAUGUACUGCACGUGAGUGCAAUGGACAACGGAGCAUCUAUGCCGGUUGGUGUCUAUUAUCUUCCAAAAUGUGUUUCUGGCGAGCAGAUUUUCAACAUAAUCCAAGAAGCAGUCGAAGCCAUUCAAAUCUGUGAAAGGUGCCUUGCGAGACAACGAUCUACGCAACACAUAAUUUCCCAUAGAGAUUCAAACUGUUCUAGUAUCUGUGAACAUUGUUUGGAAAACUCAGAAGUCUGUGCCGACUGUGCUGUUCAAAGACAAGUUAGUCAUAUCCCAUCUCUCCGGGCAUGUUCUAAUUGUAUCGCUGAUGGAGCAAAGUGUACUCGAACAGUUGUCUUAGUUGUGGUAUCCGACUGUGAGAGCUGCAACAAGUAA